GGCGGAUAUGACGUGACCAUAGGAACCUCUGAACGUGGCAAAUCGAUGGAUGAUUUAAUAAAUGAAUUGCCUGAAUUCAGUCAUCUAUUAAUUGUAUUCGGAGGAUUAGGAGGACUGGAAAUAUCUAUAGAUGCUGAUCAAGAUUUAAAAUGCACCGGCGAAGAAGCAGAUGCCCUUUUUGAUUUAUGGAUAAAUACAUGCCCGGAUCAAGGAAGUCGGACAAUAAGAACCGAGGAAGCGGUAUUAAUAACCAUGGCGACCUUACGGGCUGCUAUUAAUAUGAAAGGGCGCAGGAGAUAG